AAAGCAUGCUGGGUACGUCUCCUCUCUCUUUCCGGUUGGUACGCCAUCAUUUAAACCAAGAUGGGAGCGUACAAGUAUAUGCAGGAGUUAUGGCGCAAAAAGCAGUCGGAUGUGAUGCGGUUCCUGCUCCGCGUCCGUUGCUGGCAGUACCGCCAGCUGUCCAACCUGCACCGUGCUCCCCGGCCCACCAGACCUGACAAGGCCCGUAGGCUAGGCUACAAGGCAAAGCAGGGCUAUGUUAUCUACCGUGUCCGUGUGCGCCGUGGAGGCCGUAAGCGCCCUGUGCCCAAGGGUGCUACCUAUGGCAAGCCAGUGCACCAUGGUGUCAACCAGAUCAAGUUUGCCCGCAGCCUGCAGUCUACAGCUGAGGAGCGUGCCGGCCGUCACUGUGGGGGCCUGCGAGUGCUCAACUCGUACUGGGUGGGUGAGGACUCCACCUACAAGUUCUUCGAGGUGAUCCUUGUCGAUAUCUUCCACAAGGCCAUCAGACGCAACCCCGACACCCAAUGGAUCACAAGGGCUGUGCACAAGCACAGAGAGAUGCGUGGCCUGACGUCUGCAGGAAAGAAGAGUCGCGGCUUGGGCAAGGGCCACAAGUUCCAUCUGACCAUUGGCGGCUCCCGCCGUGCAGCCUGGAGGAGGCGCAACACCCUGCAGCUGCGUCGUUAUCGCUAGGGAGCCUCUCUGUUGUUUGUACAUUCGAAGAAAUAAAAUAUACCUUUUUAUGGAGGCCA